AUGCGGCAGAAGGCACAUCCAGAGAGCAGUGGCAAAGACUAUGGCGUCGUGAAUCGGCCUGACGCCACGGGCGAUUGGCAAAUGGUGGAGGAGGUCACAGAGGUUACGGGUGAAAUAGAUACGAUAAUUUGGAUGAGGCGACCUCUCACGGGCUUCGGAGCUUUGACCAUCGGUGAUCUGGUCACCGAUCAAGCUGACACUGGAGUCUAG